AAAAGAAGUCAGACAGGUCGAACCAAUAUCCGCGCUAUGACUCCUAACUGGAUAUUUUCAGACUGAUACUGAGGAACCUCGUGUUUUUUACGCUUAUUCUGCGUGGGAAAGUAAUUAUUUUCAAACCCGUAGAGGUGUUUUUCGUCAUUUAAAUCAGACAGGAUAAGACAGAGCGGACAGGUAUGGCACAACAAGCCGCAACAUGACUGGUGAUGAACUCCUUCAGAGUGAGGAAACGCGUGCAUAAGAGCUGGAACGAGCAGAGGACGAGGCGGUGAAGUCAGACGGUUCCAUGAUUUUCGGAGUCAUGGACGUGUUUUGGGUUAAUGAUUUCAAGAGUGAAGUGUAUUUGAAUGUGUUUUGUACGCAAAUGUGCGCUCGGCAGAGGAUGCCGGUGGCUCUGUGGCGCACUGGACUCCUGCUCAGCUUCCUGUGUGUGUGCGCCUGUCUGGGGGAGGACUGUGUUCUUGGUAUAGUGGGACGCCCGGUGUCUCUGCCCUGCCUUUACCCUGACUUACUAACUUUAGCGAAUUAUUCCAUUGAGUGGAGGAGAGAGGAUGAAGUGGUGCUCAGAUCAGUGUGGGAUGAGGAUGGAAACAUUCAGAUAUGGAGCAUGAACAGAGCCACGGUCCACACUGAUGCUACACAAACUGGAAACUUCUCUCUGGAGCUGCCAGAAGCUGAUCCCAAGCAGGACAACGUUUAUUACAGUUUCUUCAUCAUUUCAGGGGAGAAUCAGAGGUCGCUGGUGUGCAAAGUGUGUCUCAGGAUAGCAGCCAGUUUCAGCUUCCCAGACCUCCAGAGGGGAGAAGCAGUCGAGGGCGAGGAGACGUCCUUCCACUGUCAGUCCAGCGGCGGUUACCCUCAACCUGCAGUCUACUGGCUCAUCAACGACACCGACGAGCCCCCCGAAGGCUCAGUGAGGACCCUGGCAGCAUCGCUCCCCGACUCCCAUCUCUACAACAUCACCAGCCACCUGACAGUCAACAUUUCCAGGGACUCCAGCGUGACGUGCAUCAUAGAGAACCCGUCCAUGAAUGAGACGCUGACGUCCACCAGCUACGGAACGCCCAGCGGCCCCGUGGUGAGCCGAGCGUCCGAGGGCAUGUGGAUCUUCAGCACGGCUCUGUGUGUGGUGGUGGGCGUCAUGGUGAUAGUGGGGAUUUGGUAUCAGAUCCACCUGGACCGAAUCAGUAAGAGGAAGAAGAAGGAAUACCAGCAAACACAGAGAGGAUACAAAAGACGACGUCGGUACAAAGAGGAAGCUGAAGUGAUGAGGCAGGAGUCAAAGGAGACAGACGUGUGAAAUUCUGAAUCAGCGAACACUCAUUAAGUCAUACUUUUUAUUUUUCUGCCGUUAGGCAAUAAAGCACUGAUAUGUGAAUAAAUAUUUGUUAUGAUCACCAUUUAAAUAUUUAGUCAGGCGGGUUUUACAUACAGUGGUGGAAGAAGUUUUCAGACACUCUUAAAAUUUUACACAAUCUCAAAUAUCAUGAAAUAUGUGUGGAAAAAUCUUUUUGUGUGUUUUUUUGUUUAUUUUUUGUGGAAAACUAACAAAAUAAAUUCUACCAAAAUGACCCAAUACUCAAAAUUUUUUAUUUUUAUGGCACCAAUCAAUUUUAAGUUUUUAAUGGCUUUUUCAGGAUUUGUUUAGUAUUAUGGUUGUAAUUGUACUAAAAGAAGUUGCACUUGAAGACCUAAGAGUGAUUCUUAAUGCAAUGUUUCACAAAUUUAUGGGGUGUCCCAACAUUUUUUCCACCAUUGUAAAUUUAGUUCUGGGGCAUCAGUUUAUGUUUAGUGAUCACUUUGUUUCCUCACACAGGGUUGUUGUAUUUCAACUUUUAAUAAAGAUUCUCAAACCUA